CACGUGCGAUCUUUUCCCAAUAUGGCUGCGGCCAGUAAAAGUGUGGUUAGUGACACAAAUUCGGCCGAUACUUGGCCAAAAUGGCAGGUGGCGCUCGCUAUCGGAGCUCCUUUGGCUGUCGUCAUCGGAGGAGUGUGGGCAUACAGGCGAAGCAAGCGAAAAGACGCCAAAUCUUCCCCUAAAAAACGAGAUGUGAAAGAUAACACGACGUCGAGUACCGGCAAAGAUACACGCUCGACGCCAUCUCCAACGAAGCCGGUGUCCGCUACAGAGGAGGAGCAGACACCAUUGGAAAAGGCUCAAGGAGAGAAAAAUAAAGGGAACAAGUACUUUAAGGCUACACGCUAUGACCAAGCUAUAACAUGCUACACUCAGGCCAUACAGAUGUGUCCACCCGACAGUAAGGCAGACCUGGCAACUUUCUACCACAACCGGGCAGCCGCCUACGAAAAACUGAGAAACAAUAAGAUGGUCGUUGAGGAUUGUACGACCGCCCUGGAGCUGAAUAACCGGUAUGUGAAGGCGUUGACAAGGCGGGCCACAGCAUGUGAACAGCUGGAGGACUUGUCACAGGCUCUGGAAGAUGUGACAGCCCUGUGUAUACUGGAAGGCUUCCAGAACCCUAAUUCUCUUCAGACAGCUGAUCGCGUUCUCAAGAAUCUUGGACAAACCAAGGCCAAAGAAGCAUUCCGUAAUCGUAAACCAGCGAUGCCCUCCAAACAUUUCAUCAGAACCUACUUCGCUGCAUUUGUCAAUGAUCCUAUAUUAAAUGCUGCUAAGAAAACUACACCUCCCAAGCCCGCUGAGGAAGAUCAAGUAGCUAAUGGGGACAAAGAUGCCAGUCCUUACCAACAAGCUCUGUGGAAGAUCAUGGCGGAGGACUACGAUGAUAUCGUUUCAUUGUGUACACAGGAGCUGGACCUCCCAAACAGCGAAUCAAAAACCGAGGCUAAGUUACUAAGGGGAACUCUCUACUUACUAUGUAACCAGUAUGACCUUGCACUCACCGACCUCAAAGCUGUUUUAUCAGAGGAAGAUUUACCUAAAAGAGUUCGAGUAAACGCUAUGAUAAAAAGGGGCAGUAUAUACAUACAGAUGGAGAAACAGACAGAAGGUUUGGACGACUUUGCCUCCGCAGUCCGAAUCGAUCCAGAAAACGCCGAUAUCUACCAUCACCGAGGACAUCACAACAUCCAAUUGGAGAGGAUAGAUGACGCCUUAAGAGAUCUAGAGAAUGCUAUCUCAAAGGAUCCAACAUUUGCUGCUUCUCAUGUACAGAAGUCUUUUGCAGAACACAAGAGAACUGCUAUGCAGAUGAUGGGCUCUAACCUGCCCCUCCCCCAGACAGUGUUACAGUCUUAUAAGGCAAAUGUUGAAAUGUUCCCCACUAAUGGUGAUGCCCGCGCACUCUAUGCUCAGGCCCUUGGGGACGCUGGGAAAUUUGAGGAAGCAGAGGUUCAGUUUGCAGAAGCUGUGCGACUUGAUCCGGACAAUGCCACAGCUCUCGUACAUAGAGGGUUGCUGAAGCUGCAGGCUGAUAAAGACAUUAAGGAAGCCACUCGUACUAUCAACACCGCCCUAGAGCUUGACAAUCGUUGUGAAUAUGCAUAUGAAGUCCUUGGAACCCUGGAGGUCCAACAGGGACAUAUGGAUAACGCCAUGGGACAUUUCCAGAAAGCCAUAGAAUAUUCCCGAACAGAGUCAGAAAUGGCUCAUCUAUUUUCUCUCUUAGAAGCUGCAAAGGCACAGCUCAAUGUGGCGAAAAAUUUUGGAAUUCAGCUUCCAAGUUUUGGUGGUGGAGCUCCAAUGAUGUGAAAGACUUAAUAAAGAAUUAUGUAAUAAUUUCAUCGUUUUUAAUUGUUCAAGGGUCCACAUUUUUGUGAAAAAUGCUAGAAAGUUAGCCCUAAAUGGCUUUGAUAUGAAUUGUGUAUUGUGUCUAAUUAUGUAAUCUAUUGUAUUAAUUUUCUGCUUUCCUCUGCCCAUCAAUUUGUCGGUUAUUUUCUGUUAAAGUCUAUUGAUAUCCUUACUGGGAGUUCUCUUGACUGAUGUUGCAGGCUUUAUCAGCUGUGCAUCUAUGUUUUUUGCUAAAAGGUUUUGAAAAUGAGACUUUUUAUAGAUGCUAUAGAGAGAGAGGUUUUGAACUUAGGAGAACUGUCCCACAAUCACAUACCGUAUUUUGUGUAGUAAGAAGUUUUUAAGAUUGCGCCAUUCACUCAUUAAGUUGAAUUAAUUUCAUUAAUGUUGAGAUUUUGCAUAAAAAACUUUCAGACUGUACAAUGAAUUGCAGAUAAAUUGGAAAAGUAAAGAAACAUUUUUGACUUUGUUUUAGUUUUAAUUAAAUGUUUGGUUUAGUUCCAUCUCAAUCAAAGUGUGUACAGUGAGAUUGGAUUGUCUCAAAUGAAAUCAAAUUCUCCAGAAGAGAUAUUUUUGUUUGUAGAGCUUCCAUUUUGUGCUAUGGUCAAUAUGCUAUGACAGAAGAUUCCUAUUAUUUUUCAUAUCUUAUUUUAAAUUAUUGUGAUUUUCUGUUUACUAGUGAUUAAGAUUAUAUUUAAGAAUGUUUUUGAAAUAUCAUGAACAUUUCAUUAAUGCAUGUACUAAAUUUCUCUGGUGAAAAAGAGUGAUCUUUAUACAUAGAUAUUUCCUUAUUGUGAAAGAUAAUGAAUGCUUGUGAAGGUUAGGUAAUUCUAUGAGAAUCUUACAUUAUUUCAGCUUCAGAUGAGUUUCGCAAAUAUUUUCUGUUUUAUUUUAGCAAGCCUCAAUCAAUUCAUCACAAAUUAAGAUAUUUUUUCAAACAUUUGUCAGAGCAGCAUUUAACUAUCACAUCAAUACAAAAAAGGGAGAAAGAAAUGGACAUUUCUCCUCCAUACCUCUUCCUUGGUGACAUAAUAGUGUGCAGGUGUUUGUGAUAUGAAGUUAUUACAUCAGAAUUUAAACAGUUGGAAUGUAUACCCACUUAAUUUGAAGUGUUAUUACUUGUGUACAAUAAAAUGUACUGUAUGUUAUGGCUGUUAUUGCAAAUAGUUAUGUGAUAUGCUUACUAAGUUACACUUUAAUUAGUUGUAUCACAUAUUUUAUGUGAUGCAAUAAUAAUUAUCUGUAAUAUCAAUAGGAACAAGGGAGAUAAUUCAGGUUCAGACGUUAAAUCAGCUUUAUGAGAAAAACAAAUUAAAAGGUUUUCAAAAUAGUACUUCAUUUUAAAGUUGAUUUUAAAAGGCAUGUGGAUUUUUUUCAGGAGAAACAUUAUUAAGAUUUAAACUAUUUAAUUUCAACAUUGUUGUAUGUUUUUCUUCAAUAGUGAGCUUUUCAAAAGUAUUACUGUGGGAGAAAACCAGAGUACCUUGGUAAAACCCACCUGGUCGUGGUCGGGUAGGUGAUCCCAUACAUUUCCAUGUCCUAUUAGGGAAUCUAACCCUGGUCACCUACAGGUGAAAGGCAAGUGUGUUACCACUCUGUCACAUGACCAACCUAAACAAGAUAAUGAUUUUACUAGAUCCAGCUUAUUGUUCUCAUUAAUCUAUCAUUUAUCACAAUUGUUCAUGUCGGGCGAACACCACACAUACUUGUACAUUUGUCUUUCAGUGGUGAAAAUUUUCUUGAAAAUUAAGGGUUUUUUUUCAUUUCAAAAAUUAUCCUAAUGCCUUUUGAAUGGUGAAUGAUAAGUUGUCAAGAACUCUUUGUUAAAUUACACUAAUUUUUACUGUUUCAUAGAUAUUCGGGAAAAACAAACGUUUGGAUAAGCAGAUUUUAAAUCAAUAAAAUGUCUUUCUUUCAAUGUAAGCAGAUUUGUUUAUUAUGUUUGUAAUGAAAUGAUCUCUGUCAAUGAUCCUUGUUAUUUGUAGGAGAGGUUUUUCAGGUUUAGAUAAACAAAACAAAGUGAAUGUGUAUUACAGGUAUUUCCAAUUCCAUUAGACCAGUAACUAUAAAUGAGGUGGAGGGAAACAAGAGUCACAUCAUAGUUAACAAUAAGUCCAAUUAUCAACCACAGAUAUUGGUAGACAGCUUCUUUUAGGAAAUAUAUAUAGCCCUAUGAAUAUAUUGCAUUGAUACAAUGAAAUCUUCAGAGUCGAUACACACAGGGUUAAUAUAAUGGUCCAAAACCCUGUUGGGUAUGUACAUCACAGGUGAAAUCCAGUAAUCUGUGUUUUUCUGUUCUGUAAUUCACAUGGUAAAGUCUAUAAAAAUGUUAUAAUAAAACAGUUUCAUCAACCUUGUAUGAUGAUAUUUCCAUUGCUAUCGAGAAGUACCCCUUCUCAGGUAAUGAACUGUCUGAUUAACUGGAAAAUAUUUCAGUAAUUGUACAUCAUUAAUCAUAAAAUCACCUAAAAAGCAAUGCUCAUCAGUAUAGUGAAAAACGUACCAAGAUUUAGACUUCAUAUCAAUGUUAAGGUGUAAAGUAUAUAGCUACUGUUAGAGUUGAAACUUCCUGAGUUUGUGUGUGUGGGUGUGUGUGUAGGAAGGGAUCUUUGUGUGACUAUAUCCAGAAUAUAGAUUUUGAAUUCCUACUUACUUUUGAAUUAUAUAACAGAAAUAUUGUUAAUGGUGAUGUGAUUCUCUAUAACGUAUGGUGUUUAAAUUCCUACAUGUAUUUUAGGAGAAAAUCUUAUUAGCAAUACAGGAUGUAGAUAUUUCUUUACAAAUACUGUAUCAUAAAGCUCGAUCAUUGCGAUAUACAAUUAAUUUUCUGUUUUUCUUCCCUUUUUCAUCCUGUUUGUAGUUACAUUGUAUGUUAUGUGGCCAUGAUAGAAUGAUUGUUUUACUAAAACUGUACAAAAUCAUGACGAACCAGAAUAAAAACAUAAUUGUCCUUUCUAGCAAUGUUGAGGAAAUACA